CCUGGCUAAUAGAAAAUCAUUAGGAUUGCUACUGAGCAUGUGUGGCGGCCAUCUUGGUACACCCAAACAGAUUAACUGCCGAAGCAAGCUUGCUGCGUUCCACCAGAGGAUAUAGCUCUACCUACAGAAAAGAAAACAAGGUAAUUUGGGUCCCCUAGCUCUCUCCUGCCCAAAGACCGCAUGUGUCUUACAGUAACUGAUUAAACCGAUUGGUUCUAUGAAUAGCAGCUUGUCUAAUAUUAGACUGUCAGAUUAACCCAGUGAAGUGACUGGUUUCUGGUUUGUACAGUAAGAGAGAGGCUGAACUCUUGCUGGGGAGCUUCAUAGUGAACGUUCUAGCAGAUGGGUCAUAAAAUAAAAACUUUCCAUGUUAAACGUAGAUCUGUCAGUCGGCUGCAAGGACAGGAAAAUAGACUGUGGAUAAAAGGAAGAGGAGGUCCUAUAUUCUGUCCUAAUUCUUUAAAUUAUUGAAAUUAUUUCCUGUCAUUGGAUGAGUGGGUGGAGCUAACCUUUCAGUAACUACUGCUAUGUAUAGACCAGGAAAUAAAGAUUAUAAAUAUAUAAUUAAACAGUUUAGUUUUUCUGAAAUUAUUCCUACUUUGUUUUUUCAUUUGUAAGUUGAAGUUGUUACACUAAUUUAGUGUAGAUAUUUAUAUAUAUUUUUUCUGACAAGGCAACAGGAAAAUUUGUAACUCCGCAUGGUAUCUCCCCCCUCACAGACCAUAUUACCAAGGGUACAUAUGUUACAGUGAUUCUGUCUGAUAGGUUCUAUUUAAAGGGACACUGUAGACACUCAGAACACUUCAGCUCAUUGAAGUAGUCUGGGUGCAGUGUCCCUCUUGCACAUAGUGCUGCAAUGUUAAACAUUGCAGUUCCAGAGAACUGCAAUGUUUACAUUGCAGCACUAAGUCUGCCCUUAGUGGCGUUCUACCAGACAGCCACUGGGGCAGCUUCCAGAAUCGAAAUGGACUCUCUGUCCGUUAUUUGACACUGGACAUCCUCACACUCUGCAUGAGAACCUCCAGCGUCAGAUUUUCUCCCCCCAUAGGAAAGCAUUAAUGCGCAUUAGACCCCGUUCGUCGCUGGGCGGAGUAGGGGGCAAAGGGUUCGACCCAGCGCCAGGGGACAUUGAUGCUGGGAUAAGGUAAGUAAAUUAAGGGUUUUUAACUCUUUAUUUACCAGGGGGUGAGGGGGGGCAUGAGCGGAGGCAUUGGGAUCGGUAGUGCCAGGAAUACAGCUUUGUACUCCUGGCACUACAGUAUCCCUUUAAGUAAAACCGUUUUUAAUAUUAUAUAUAAAUCUGUAUAUGGGUCACUUUAAGGAAAGGGCACAGACACACAUACACAAUGCUGCUUUCAUACUCUCACUAACUCAUAUACUUUUAUUGACAUACAAACACUCUCACUAACAUAUAUGCAUAGUCAGAAUUUUUUUUACACACACCAGUUUAUAUGCAAAAAACAACAACUCUCUCAUCAGCCUCAGCCAGUAUUACCAGGAACCCAAGCAAGCCGCCCUCCUGGACACAAAUGGGGCUUUCUUUACAUACCAUUAUUUAUAUAAUCUCAUGUAAUUUAAUUUAAAAAAAAUAUGAUGAAAAAUUGAAAAAAAAUACAUAUACCACUGUGGAGGAUUGGACAUCAUCAUCAUCUAUAUCAAGAGACGGGGAUUGUACUGUCCAGGCGCUGUACGGCAGAGCUCUGAGUAGCUCUGCAAAGUGUGAGUGAGUCCUCUAUUAGUUUAUAUAUGUUCUUAUUCGUUUGACAUAUUGCACUAUUAUUGUUUUUUUUUUAUUUCUCUUUGAGGGUUUUAUAUAUCCCUAACCACAGGACUGUCUGUAUGUAUAUAUUUUAAUUGUUCUAUCUUUUAUACUAUCUUGGCGCGGUUUACCACUUUUUGUUUUUAUUGUUUUAUUAUUGUUAGCGGGUAUUGGGAAUUCUUGCUGGUUCACUGCUGCCCAUAUUCAGUUUAUUUAGUGAGCGCCUAUUCCCUUCUUUUUUGCAAAAAACAACAACCCCCUUAUCAUACAGAAUACCUGUACUAACUCUGACUUGAGGAGAAGAAGAAUAGUGUAUAGAGCUCAUGGAUUAUAAACUUAUCUCAUAAUAAAUUAACUAAUUUGAGCGGGGCCUUCUUCACCUCUUGUCUGUUAUAUUCCUCAUGUUAAUUACUUGUCAAAUAUUCCCAUUUUAUUGUAAAGUGUCCAUAUUACGUUAUACAAAAUGCUAAUAAUAAAAUACUGGGCAUGUGUAUAUACUAGGGUAAAAUGUGUGUAGAUGUAGUAUGUGUAUAUGGGGUUAUUGUGACGGAAUGCCGGCACUCCGACCGAGUACCUCCGCCAAUCAGUGUUCCUAGUGCUUGCCGAGGACUCUAAGCACUCCAACCGACACCAUCAGCACUGCAGACCCCACUUCCAGCGAUGCAGCUGCACCGGGGUCUCGCCUUCCUUUACCCACCCUGGACCCAAGGCCAGGAUCCAGCUUCCAGUGGGCAGACCUCUCUUCCUCCAGAGAGCGUAGCAGGAACAAGAACAGCUCUUACAAGAGCUUACCCUGGGGAGUAUAGUGUGAUUAUAGCAAUCCCCAGAGUGUAGUUAUCCCAUCCCCCAAGCAUGAGCCAAGGCUUCAAGAAAGGGUCAAGCAGGUCUAAGGUUUAAUGACAUACUCUACUUUUAUGCAAUUCUCCCAUGAAGGGAGACACCCACAGACAAUUAAGAAUUAUCCCAUCUACAACUGGUUACAUUCCACACCUCUCCUCCCCUUAGCCUGAGAGAUAACACAUUUUACACACUUUCUAUAACUUUAACAUUAUACAUCACGUUCACAUAAAACUUAAAUUUUAGCGUGUGUGUAUAAGGAGUGGGAUAGGGGGCUUAAUUAAGUUAAAUAAAAUGUUCCCUUCCACUUGUUACCUUUAGGGAGGCGGGGUGUCAUUCAGAUUUCUGUGGUUCAGCAGGCUGUCUAUGUAGUCUGCACCUGGAGGAGACGAGAAGCAUAAAGCUGCCUGGAUUUCCACCGCAUUAGGGCCUCCUGUGGCAUUAAAGUUCACAGACCAAUUAAGGAGAAGAGAGCUCUCAUUGAGCCUUUUUAGGCCAUUUACCUUUUGUGAGUGUACAGAUGAGUCACAGAUAGCUUCCCUCUGGCUCCUAUGACUUUUACAUCACUCAUCAGACCUGGGUAGAGGAACAUAAUGCCUGCUUGUUUCUCCAUAUUUGAAAAGGGCCAGAGGCAUCUAAAAGUAGAUGCUGGGGUGAUUGUUAAUAAGAAAUAGGGGCCAUUGUGGCCUCCAUCUAUCUCUAAAUUAAUAUAUUAUGUGCUGGAUCACCAAGAACCUCAAAGCAGCAUUGUAAGUGGCAGACUCUGCAGUGCUUCCUUGCAGUUUUAUUCCAGUGUGCCAGCCAGUGCUCCAACAUACUCAAUGAUAGCAUCACUUUUGAUAUACAUCUGAAUGCCGCUGGCAGUUUACGACGCUGUCCACACUUCACAGGGGACUGUCUGAGGACCCUGCCGCAAGCCAUUAGCUGGAGGUAAUUAUAUGUCCUGCUUUGUCUGGCAGACAAAAUGUAAGGUGUUAAAUGUAAGGUGCCAGCUGUUUGUGACGGCACCUGCAAGAGAUCAGCUUUUCACAGUAUGAGGUUGUUUGUAAAGUAUGUUUGACCACAGAAAAUGAAACUGUUUGCAAUAAUAGGAAUCAAUAUUUUGAUACACAACAAUGGAUUUAGAAGAUAUUCACAUUAAAGGGACACUAUAGUCAGCAGAACAACUACAGCUUAUUGAAUUUGUUCUGGUGAAUAGAAUCAUUACCUUCAGGCUUUUUGCUGUAAACACUGUCUUUUCUGAGAAAAAGCAGUGUUUGCAUUACAGCCUAGUAAUAACUUCACUGGCCACUCCUCAGAUAGCUGUUAGAGAUCCUGCCUGGGUCAUGGCUGCCUAAAAUGCAUCCAAACAUUCAGUGUGUCCACCCUCUGCAUGCAGACACUGAACUUUCCUCAUAGAGAUUGAUUAAUUCAAUUCAUCUAUAUAAAGAGAAGCUGAUUGGCCAUGGCUGUGUUUGAAUCAUGCUGGCUCUGCCCCUGAUCUGCCUCCUUGUCAGUCUCAGCCAAUCCUAUGGGGAAGCAUUGUGAUUGGAUCAAGCCACCACUUCUGAUGAUGUCAGCUGACAGCUUGUUUUUCUGAGGCAAACAGCAUGCAGAUCUACAGCUUCAGGCUUGAAUACAGUCAGAUUUUGCUAUAUUUAUGGAGGCAUGAAGGACCCAGGGGGGCUAGAUGGUGGUUUUAACACUAUAGGGUCAGGUACCCCGGCCAGGUAAAUGUUAGCAGAGUAGGCACCUGUAAUGUGGGGAAAGCAGGUGCCUACUCUGCUUUAACACCAGCAUGUACUUGCGGCUCGCCGGGCCACAAAGAUGGUCCUUGUGGGCUGCGUGCGGCCCCUGGGCCGCGAGUUUGACAUGCUUGGUGUACAGUAAUAUAAUUGUACUAUUUGUGUCGUGAUUACCCAAUGGGCCUAGGUUGCAAAUCAAGGUUCUUUGAUAUUCUGUGCCUGAUGACUUUCAAGCUAGGAUAUUGUAUUGUUCUUAAUUGCCUGUUUCUUUUAAGAAAUAUUCUUUACUAUCUAACUGUACAUAAACAGUAUGUGUGCCUUAUUUGCUCCCAGGCAGAAGCUUCCUCUCCUUUCUAUAGAUGCUCCUGUCACCUUUUCUGCAAUUUUACCAAGAAUAGCCAACCCCACUUCCUUAUCACCUUUUACCUGCAGUGAUACUAGAUGGCCUGGAGAGGUGCUUGAGAAUUACCCUACUCUCCACAGAUCUUGUUAACCAUUCCACACACUGUUACUGGAUUUUUGUGUUUGAUUUUAUGCAUAUUUGCACAUGUUUUGGUAAUGCAUGCAGAAUGUUGUGAUUUUGUCAUUUUUGUUAUACUCUCCUGCCACCCCCUCCCCCCCCCUGCAUCCCUGGCUGAUAUUAUCAAAAUUGGCGAUCUUGACCAAUGGAAAGUAUUGGGAAGCUAAUGUGCACGUUCUGCGCCAAUCAGUAUCUCCUUAUAGAGAUGCAUUGAAUUAAUGCAGCUCUAUGGGGAAAGUUCAACGCCUUCAUGCAGUGUGUGACCGCCACUGCAGGUGUCCCUAGGUAGUAAUGUAAAAACUGCCUUUUCUCUGUUUACAUGAAAAUACCUGCAAGAACUGACUAUACUCACCAGAACAACUACAUUAACCUGUAGUUGUUCUGUUUACUAUCGUGUCCCUUUAAGUCCAACCAUUUAAGGAUCAAUAAUAUGGCUAUUCUCUUUCCUCCUUUACCUUUGUUAGGUGUUGACUCAUAUCUAUUAUCUCUCACUAACAAAGUAACUGAAAUCUGUUAUAUUAUGUGCUAUUACAUUUUUUUCCAUUCCACAAAAUUCACAUUAAAAAAUACUAGGGAUCGACCAAUUAUCGUUUUUGCCAAUAUUCCGAUUUUUUUGUUUUUGUUGUUGUUGUAAGUAUUGGUAUCGGCCGAUAAUCAUCUGCAAUACCGAUAAUGAAUGGGUGGGAUGGCGCGUCACGUCCAUAAGGCGGCACAAGUGGUCGUAAUGUCUUUAAUGACUACUGCCGCCAGACUGAUUUUCCUCUCUAGUCGGUCCUCUCACACCACACCCCUCUGUCAGUCCUUACAUUGGCUUCCUGUAUCCUAUAGGAGUCAAUUCAAAGUGCUAACCCAUACCUAUAAAGCACUGAACAGUUCUAGCCCCUUAUAUCUCUUCACAGAUCCGUAGGUAUGCCCCUUCCCGGUCUCUCCACUCUGCCCGUGACCUUCUCCUGUCCGCUGCUCGCACCCGUAUGGCCAACUCACACUUGCAGUACUUCUCACGGGCGUCUACCUUCCUAGUUUUCGAUCGUUUAAGAAGUGCCUUAAAACCCACCUCUCAGCCCAUUUGUUUUGCUUUUUCCAUUGAACCCCUAUUUUCUGCCAUUUUUAAAUGUAAGUGAUAUCAACUCUUAGUCACCUAGAAAGUAUAUUGUGCCAGUGGCAGAAAUGCCAAGUUUGGAUAUUGUCAAGCUAGCGGGGCUUAACUCAAGUUCAACCCUUUGUGAAAUUCUAAAAUGUAGGAAAAAUACAUAGGACAAAUUAGUUCCUGCUUUGUCUUAUGUUUUAAAGAGCAAUAGAUCAGAAAGGAAGAAAAGAUUCUGAAAGAAGAAGAUAAAAGGAAACCAUAGGAGAAAGGCAAGUUUGAAGUGACAGAGCUACUUUAAAUUGGGCGUAACAGAGCUACUUCUUAUUUUAGAGGUUAUGAACUCCCUGGCAUUUAUGCCCUACUAGACUUUAUAGUGUAGAGGAGAAGCAGGAGGUUUGUGCCUCCAUGGCACUAUCCACUGUUCCCUUAUCCCUUAUGCAUCCUCUGCUUUCUCCAUUUUUUUUAUUUCACUAUAGUCACCCAGACAACUUCAGCUCAAAGAAGUGGUCUGGGUGGCAGGUCCCUCAGGUUUUAACCCUUCACAUGUAAACAUAGCAGUUUCAGAGAAACUGCUAUGUUUACAUAGCAGGGUUAAUCCAACCUCUAGUGGAUGUCUUCCUGACAGCCACUAGAGGCGCUUCUGCAUGCAGAAUGUCCAUAGGAUGCUUUCCUUUCCUAUGGACUGUUAGAAUGCACGCUCUUGCCGCGCAUGCGGAUUCCACUCCACUCGGAAGCUGACGUUGGCAGGGGAGGAGAGGUCACCAGCGCCGAGGGAUCCUGGUGCUGGAUUAAAGGACCACUAUAGGCAUCCAGACCACUUCAGCUUAAUUAAGUGGUCUGGGUGCCAGGUCCAGCUAGGCUAUAAACAUAGAAGUUUCAGAGAAACUGCUAUGUUUAUAAUAGGGUUAAUCCAGCCUCUAGUGGCUGUCUCAUUGACAGCCGCUAGAGGUGCUUCCGCGCUUCUCACUGUGAUUUUCACAGUGAGAAGACGCCAGCAUCCAUAGGAAAGCAUUGAGAAUGCUUUCCUAUGGACUGGCUCCUGCCGCGCAUGCGCAUUCAGCCGAUGACGGCGCUAUGGAAGAGGAGGAGGAGGAGGAGAGUUCCCUGCCCGGCGCUGGAAAAAGAGGUAAAUUUAACUCCUUCCACCCCCUAGAGCCCGGCAGGAGGGGAUCCCUGAGGGUGGGGGCACCCUCAGGGCACUAUAGUGCCAGGAAAACGAGUAUGUUUUCCUGGCACUAUAGUGGUCCUUUAAGGUAAGCUGCUGAUUCAGCACCACGGGAGGGGAACCCUGAGGGUGAGGGUCCCCCAAGGAUAGUGUCAGGAAAACGGGUUUGUUUUCCUGACACUAUAGUGAUCCUUUAAUUGCGGGAGAUGCAGCACAAUAGACAGUGCAAAACAAUGCUUGAUACCAAUAUGUUUGUAAAAUAUCAAAGAAAGCAUAUAUAAUAGAAUCCAUGUUACAGUAUACAUAAGACAGGUGUCAUUAUAAUCUGAUCCCCAAAUUAAGACAUAAACUGAGCUAUUGAACCAUGUGAAGUGUCUGUCGACGUAGAGGUGAUUGGGUAAAAGUCUGGGAAUAGUGUAAUUUCAGGCUUGAGUGUGUGUGUGUGUGGGGUGGUUAAAAUAGUAUCCUAAAUAACUGACCAAUAUUCAAGGUUCACUUGGCAAAUCAGUAAAAUGCACUUGGUGUGGCAUGCAAAUUGGCAUGAGCAGUAAGUAUAAUGCAAAAAUUUAAUUAAGGCAAGCAGAGGAAAAGUUUAAACUUAAAAGGCAAAGAAAUACAGACACAAUCCUUCUCCCUUACUAUCAUUGUGUUUGUCUCAUACUCUUGGGACAAAUAGAGUAACUUUUCGGAAAUCCCAAACACAAGCCUUGGAAGUCCUGGAUUCAGAGGGUAGUUUGGUAAUCGCUGAAUGUAUGACAAUGCAUGAUGAUGUCAUGAGGAGCCAAUGUCGGACUCCUUGGGACUUUACAAUCUGGUAAGCUCCAUCUAAGGUCAUGGCCUUGGCUUGCUUGGUAGGCAGAAGAAAGGUUACAAGAUGCCCUGAGAAAUUAGGUAACUCCUCAGCUAUUACGAUGUCGGAUAUUCUAUGGAUCAUGUCAUCCAACAUGUCAACAAGGCUGUGCAGUCUGAAUUUGCUUGAAUAUUUUCACCAUUUGACAUAGGUCCAUCAUGUCCUCUUUUGCAGUCGUGACUCUCCCUGUGAUACAGCAUAGAUAAUAAUAUAACAGCGUAUAACUCGGAUCAAAACAUUUACUUAAAGGGACACUCCAGGCACCCGGAUCACUUCUGUCCAUUGGAGUGGUCUGGGUGCCAACUCCCACUACCCUUAACCCUGCAAGUGAAAACUGCAAUAUUUACCUUGAAGGGUUAGGUCCUCCUCUAGUGGCUGUCUUCUAGAACACGAAAAGUGUGCUAUAACAUUGCUGGACGUCCUCACGCUAUGUGAGGACCUCCAGCGUUGCUGAAAUCCCCAUAGGAAAGCAUUGAAAUCAUUAUUCAAUGCUUUCCUAUGGGGAGGUCUAAUGCGCGUGCGCGGCAUUGCCACGUAUUCACAUUUGAUCUCCCCUGCCGCUGGCCAGGGAAGCUCAAUAGGUCUCUCCUGCCGGAUGACGUAGGCGGGGGAGGAGCGUGGGCGGACCCUGACCCAGUGCAGAGGGACAUCGGCGCUGGAUACAGGUAAGUCACUGAAGGGGUUUUAACCCCUUCAGCAACAUUGGAUGAGGGGUGGGAGAGAGAGGGGACCUGCAGUGCCAGGAAAACGGUUUGUUUUCCUGGCACUGGGGAGUCCCUUUAAUGUGGAAUAAAAGGUUUUUGACAUCUUUUAGGUGGAUGGUAUGUCAUCAGACUCUGAGGAGCUAUCACCUCUUGUUUUCACUGUCCGCUUCAUGACAGCUUCACUACUGGUGGGUCUUCAGGUGGUGCAGACCAGAGAUACAUAUCUCCUAUGUCUCUGUGUUGGCCCUCAGAUACAGAUUUCUGUUGAUGAGAUCUACGAUCCAUAAUAUUUAUUAGUGUAAAGAGAGGAGGAGCGGGUGUGAGAGAGCUGAUAAGCUCCAGUAGUGCAGGCAAUUGAUCGAUUCCAACAGCAGCAUUCAUCUCAACCAUCUCAACCCCCUUUGCCUCCAGUUGGGCAGAGAGUUGCAGAUUCCCUGAGAAUGUUGUCUCCAGUCACAACAGCAACUCAUUCACAGGCUUCUGUUGUUACUCCAGAUGGUUCACAGUGGAUGCAACUGUCACAAAGUCCAGAGACCGGUUUUGAAACUCUUGUCCAGUGAAGGCAAACCUUUUUGAGCCCGAGAGCCAAAACCACAAUACAAACCAACUUUUUUUCCACAAAGUGCCAACACGGCAACUAAACCGGAAUAGUGAGGUUUAAGUUUAGAAAAAACAACUCAUACAGUUGUCUGAACUAGGGGUGUAGUGUGUGCAUGGGGUGCAGUGCGAACACUGUGUGUAGGAGGGUGUAGUGGGGGCAGUGUUUGUUUGGGGGUGCAGUGUGGUUAUGGUGGUACAGUGGGUGUAGUGUCUAUUGGAGUACAGUGGGGGCAGUAUGUGUGUAUGGGGAUGCAGUGGGGACAGUGUGUGUAUGGGGAUGCAGUGGGGGCAGUGUGUGUAUGGGGGUGCAGGGGCAGUGUGUGUAGUUGGGGGCUGAUCAAAACAAAUGUGUGGUUUUUUGUUUGUUUGUUUUUUUAAAUUUAUUUUUGUUUGGGGGUGCAGUGUGGUUAUGGUGGUACAGUGGGUGUAGUGUCUAUUGGAGUACAGUGGGGGCAGUAUGUGUGUAUGGGGAUGCAGUGGGGACAGUGUAUGUAUGGGGAUGCAGUGGGGGCAGUGUGUGUAUGGGGGUGCAGUGUGUGUAGUUGGGGGCUGAUCAAAACAAAUGUGUGUUUUUUUUGUUUGUUUUUUUAAAUUUAUUUUAAAAAAUAUGCUUUAUAUCCCCACUCCCUUCUUACUUUUGCCCAGGGAGAGGGGAUAUCGAUUGUGAUGCCCUGGUGGUCCAGUGGAGAAUCCCUGUCGGUUCUAGUGGGGAGUGAACUCUAGCCUGCAGAUCCACGGUAACCGCUGCAAUGCUCGGUGCUCGCGAGAGGAGACCCGGCGGAGCUGCAAGCUAGAGCUCCCGGGUCUCCUCUCCCUCCAAUGCCGUCAAUGUGCCUGCAGACCGGUGAUGGAGAUCUCUGAUCACCCUCCGGUCCGUGAAGGCACUCAGCAGGGCCGGCGCUUGGAUAUCCAGGCGAUAUUUGGCUACGUGCCAUAGGUUCGCCAUCGCUGCUCUAGUCAGACCCUUACAUGUCGAUCAGAAAAUAAUGCAAAGCAAUAACACCCACUAUGCAUUUAUUUUGCAGGUAAUCUACAGGAAGGACACAAAAAUGUUUGUGCCACAAGGUAAAAUAUUAUAUUUUGGUAUUUGCCAAACAGCUUAUGCAACAGGGAAACAUUUACCUGCUGAAAAUUGGAUGACAAUCAUUGUCACGCCAAGGGUGCAUCAUUCAUUGUUGCACUAUGAAAUAUUGCCAUUUAAUGUAAUUUGUGUAGUGAAUAUAUGAAUUGGUUGCAAGGUCAGAUGACAGAAGGGAUAAUGUAAAUGGUAUAGGAAUGUGAAAGGAGGCAGAUGGUUUGCAACAUGGAUUGAUCCUUUGAUUAAUGAAAGGCUCUGCAGUAGGGAUCGACCGAUUAUCAGUCUGGCCGAUAUUCAGUAUUUUCGGCAAUAUCGGUAUUGGCCAAUAGAGAUACCGAUAUUGCCGAUAAUACAUAGCAGGACCACCAGGCCCAUUACAAGACCGGCGGUCCUGGGGGGCUCGCAGCAAGCGCUUACUUACCUUCCCAGCAGCUCCCUUCAGCUCCCCUGUGUAAAUCUCGCAGGUCCAGCGGCCUUCAGGGCAUUGCCACGGGUUACCAUGGCAACUGGCCGCGAGAUUUAGACAGGGAGCUGAAGGGAGCUGCUGGGAAGGUAAGUAAGCGCUUGCUGCGGGCCCCUCUGUACUUUCCAUGCCACUGGACCACCAGGGAAUGCUGUAUCCCCCUCCCUGGCCAGGCAACAAGCAGGGAGGGGGGACUAAAUUUUUUUAUAAUAAUUAUUAAAUAUUUAAAAAUAAAAAAUACCCCUACCCCCAUAUUACAUACCUACAGAAACACACACACACACUGCAUUAUAUAUAUAAACACACUACACAAACACACUGUAUAUAAUGCAAAGUCACAGAACUGGCUGCAGAAUAGAGUUUAUUAAAUUGAGGCCAUUGCUGGAAAAGGAUAUAAGGUGGAGGAAAUUUUCAACUGUGCUAGUUCGGCCUAAAUUUUGCAAAUCCAUUUUAAAUUCAGUUAACCACAAUUCACUGGUGUUUAUUCAUCAUAACUUAUUGACAAAAGUGAAACUCGUUUAGAAGUCAAAGAAUUUAAUAUUUUAAACUACAGUAGCCAAAAAGAAACUAUAAUGCCACAGAGAUAACGAUAAAUAUUUACCAAAUGCUUGGAUGGACUGGCUGAUUAUGCCACCAUUUUGGAGCCAAGGCAGGGUCAGAAACAGGAUGAAGCAGCAGGGAGAGAAGUGCUUAACAAAAUUCCAGCCCUGCUGCUUAAGAUAAAGUUAGCUCGUGCACAUGAUUUAGUACAUUGUGGCCACAAAAUAUGUAAAUGUAUCUGACCUGAUGACUUUUUCUAGUUUGGCUAUUUUGGUCUACAAUUUGUAAUGCAAAUUAACAACAAUUCACACAAAAUAGUUGAAAUAGUAUGUUAGGAUCAGAUUUAAAAAAAAAAAUCAAAAAAUCUUCUAAACAAACAUUUUGAAAAAUAGUUUUGUCUUUAACAUUCCAAAAAUGAUGCACCAAAUCUCGAAUUGAACAUAAAGAUGCAUCUUCAUCAUAGUGUACGAUUUAUGCCACGUAAAUGUACUGUAAAAGAUUUCUAUAUAACCUUUCAUUUCCUAUGUGAUGCACAUCAUCAGGCAGAUUACUAAUCUCACUUAUUUCUUGCCACAGGAAAUUGAUGUCAAGCCAGGAAGAAAAAUGGUGGCACACUGGAGAAGAAUGCUUUUCCUCCUUCUAGCAACUUGCAAAUUUUUUCUGAUUGAAUGCAUAACAGAUGAGGAAGUUCCAGACGAAUGGAUGCUCCUUCAUGUAAUCCAGGGACAAAUAGGGGCAGGGAACUACAGUUAUCUUAGGUUAAACCAUGAAGGAAAGAUAAUACUCAAAAUGUAUAGCCUUCGGGGUGAUGCUGAUAUUUACAUUUCUGCUUCAAACCUUCAUCCAAGUUUCGAUGAAUAUGAGCUGCAAUCAACAACCUGUGGGCUUGAUACGAUUACGGUGCCAGAUCAUUUCAGUCGUCCAGUGGGCAUAGGAAUUUAUGGCCAUCCCUCUUAUCUGGAAAGCGAAUUUGAACUGCAAGUAUUUUAUGACCAAACCAUCCAUGAGGAUCCUUAUGCUGAUGCUUCUUUUGAUCCCGAAGAUGUAGAAGCAAGUCAAAAAAAGCAGGGACAGACACCACUUGAUACAUCUCAGGAGGAAGAAUCUGUGCUGAGGACUAUCCUAAUAGGGAUACUGAAAAUAAUUCUUGAGAUUCUUUUUUAAUUACUUUCGUAUUUCAUAAAUUCAAAGCACUUGUUUGUAAUUUUAAAUAACUGGAAUUGUAAAAUGCCCCUCUUGUAUUUUUUAUUAAUCUUGUGUGAUGAAGCUUUUAGUGCUGACUCUGUAACCACCACACAAAGUAAAUUCAAAGCUGGAUUUUUCUGUUGCUGUGGGGUUUCAGCGUUUGACACUUUGCUUCAUUUAAUAACAGUGAAAUAUUUUCAAACUGUAAAAAUAAAUUUGGUUAUUCAGAAUGUAUUUUGAUUAACAGUUAAAGAUUUGAAUCUGUAUAACAUUUUUGCAAUAUUAUUGGGAAUAAAACCAUAGCAGCAGCUGCUAUUUUUCUGCUAUAUUAACAGUAGAAGUAUUCAUUAUUCACCCUUGUUGAGGCAAUCCCAUUAACAGGAAGCCUAUUCUUGUGGCAGGUAUUUUUUAUAUCAUAUUUACAAUAAUAUGUGUAAAUAUAAACCUUUCACAUGGUCUUGGUUUCAGCCUAGAAAUUAUCCCUAGUUUUAAUUUUUUUGUUUCCUUAUAAAACAGGAAAAAAUAAAUGCAAAAAUUAAAUGAACUAGUAAGGAAAGAACGCCAGUGUUUGUGACCAAGUGGCUACUAAAAAAGACUGGACAUACCCCAUUUGCAAUUCCUUGGGUUGUCUCUUAUUGCAAAUGGUAUGCCAUCAUGGGGGCAAUUCUCAGUCCUGGGCUACCAUACGGUAUCAAAGGCAAUGUAACCAAUCUGGUGAAUUUCAAUGUGAAAAAAAUGUAACAUGCUAUAUUUGACCCUGUAACUUCCCAAAACACCAUAAAACCUGUACAUAGGGGGUGUUGUUUUACACGUGAGAUAUCGCUGAAUACAAAUGUGUAUUUUAUUGCAGUAAAGUCAAACAAUAUUAGGAUAUUCACAGUUAGAAUGUCACAUAGAACUAAACAUUUUUUGUUAACAAAAUCUUUUCUCCCUUUUUUUAUAUUUUAUUCAUAUUAAAUUAUGUUUUAUACCUAAAUAUUUGAUUUU